CCUCUUGAUGUCUCACCUGCUGACUGAAGCAGGGUUGGGCUCAAUUCCUUUUAAAUUCAGAUUUUUGUUGAGUUGGAACUUCAAUCCAUUUCUUGACUGAACUGACUUGAAAUUAAAUUGAGCAAAACCUUGCUCUGCUACCCUUUAGGCCCAGUCUGGGGCUCUAUUUUGGGCCCUGGUAGAAUGGUGGAUAUAAUUAUAAUUGAUAGAACAGACCACAUUCCCUGCUGGUUAUACCAGGGCCCAUAUUUGGUGUACAAUUUCAAAUGUUCAAUUAAUUAGCAUUGGCAACUACUACAACACUUUGUAUGCUAUUUAAUGUACUGUACCAGAAUCCAUGGAUCAUAAUCCUUUCUAUCAGUGGUAAUUCUAUGGCCUAGUCUAUGGCCCUACUCUGGUCCCCCAGGAAAUGGCUGUAAUGUGAGGAAGUGGAUGAAGUAAAGGGGACAGCUGGGGGUAAUUGUAAAAGCCUGAAACAGAGAGGCUUGCUGCACUUUUAUCUUCAAACAAAGGCUUGGUGAUUUACAAAAAACAGAUGUGUGCUUCGUUUGAAAUGGAGAUGAAUGGAAGCAGAGCAGUGCCUGAAAUGUCUCUGAUGUAUCUGUGAUAUAUGAGGACUCUUGUGUCUUACAGCUUACAGUAGGGCUGUGUGGUGUUAUACUGAGUGCUACGUUAUACAGGAGGAUUUUUAUGGGCCGGUAUGCGUCUUAGCUAGAACUACAGUGUGUAUGUGCGUGUGUGUGCAUGUAUUGAAUCUCAAUGGACCAGAGGUUAAAAAGAUUUGCCAUUUGUCUCUCCCAAUGCAUACAUAGCCACUGAGGACAAUGGCGAGGAGGUACCUGACGACUCAGCUUUUCAUUUUCACUCACUACACAUUCAGUACAUGUGAAAACAUAACACAAAUAUUUCUAGAUUGUACGUAAUAGAAUUUACAACAUAAGAAGGAACACCAACUUAUUAUCCCAUUUUCAAUCUACAACAACAUCUUUUGAACAACAACAGCUGAAGUAACAUCACACAUUAAAAGCUAAUGUUCCCCUGUUCCUUCUGCUUGUCUGUGUCUCCAGAGGCAGCCCCACCUCCCCCUCCUCUGCCAGGGGGGACCACCCCCUGCAAGAGGAAAGCCCCUCUUCCACCUCGCUCCCCUCCCCAGGUACGAGGCCAACUCCAGAGAUGGAUAAAAUACUUUAUAUAUGAUUCUUACUGACUCUAACUUCUGCUAGGCUGUGAUGAUCAUAAUCAUACUAAGUUUAAUAACAAUGUUCCGGGACUCUCCACCCCUACCUUCUCCUGCCCCCCAGAGCUCUCCCCCCUCUACCUCUCCCUCAGCUCAGUCUCUAGAGACACGGUGCUCUAAUCAGGCCAACCUCGUGAGUUACUUCCCCUGCCACGGCAUACUGUAUGCAUAGCACCUAAGCAUACAGGAGAUAAAAUAGGCUUAUAUUUAUGGUAUACAACACAACUCAAUUCAAAGGAUUCAUCUUUAGAUAUCCAUUUUGAAGAGCACUAUUCAUGACUAAAGUAACAGACAAUACAUAGUGAAUCACUAUCUACUGCAUUACAUUUGAGACUGCUAAUGUGUAUGGUGCUGCUGUUUGACUGUGAUACCACUGAUAUGCAUUUCCUUGUGUGUGUCUGUGAGACGGAGAAUGAGGUUUUUGAGGAGAUCCGAAGGCUGUGUCUGGAAAGGGGGCGUCUGCUCCAGAAGAUUAAAGGUCUGGAGCAGCAGCAGAACAGCGCACCCACUGCCUUGAAGGAGCUGACCCAGCUGAGAGAGUGUCUGGAACAGGCGGAGGCAGAGUGGGACAGGCUACAGACUGAGCUGGAGGAGCUGAAGGCAGGUGUUGAGAAGCUGCUCUCCAGGCGGUCCAGAGAGUCUCCCUCUGCUCUGGACGAGGAGGAGGCAAACUCCCCGAACUCCACCUCUCCUGGUCCUGCAGACCCAGACACUGUGGCUGAGCUAUGCAGACAGGUGGAUGAGCUGACCUCACAGAACCAGGAGCUGGUCCUCAAAGUGCAGAUGUUUGAGAAGGAUGACCCUGACAUGCAGACAACCGGCCCAGACUUUGUCCCCACGGCCCUGUAUGACUGACUCAGGAGGGAGUUUGAAGCUCUACAGGAGCGCUACUCCCAGGCCCAGGCUUCAUCUGAGGCCUCCAGCAUGGCGGGAGAGGGGUGUGAGGAGACUGGAGGGAGGAGGAGAGGGAGAGACAGGGGCAGAGGAGAAGGAGGGGACAGAGGGGAAGGGGAAGGAGGUGACUGAGGAUGAGAGCAGUGAUGAGCUGAGGGAGAGGCUGUGUGGCAAGGAGGAGCAGCUGGCCCACUCCCAGUCUGAGCUGGAGAGGCAGCUGGCCCACUCCCAGUCUGAGCUGGAGGAGCUGAGAGAACAGGUGCACCUGGGGGUAUAUUCUGGGGAACAGGCAGGGGGAAUGGGGGGUGAGAGAGAGAGACCCCCCCCCCCAGGGGCAGCGGUGAGGUGGUGAUCCUGGAGACUCAACAGCUGAAAGAGAGGGUAAGGGAGCUGGAGGAGGCGCUGAAAGAGAGAGGGGGACAAGGAGAGGGACAGAGGGAGGAAGCGGGCCUGAGGGAGG